AUUCAAUCGGAACGAUUAGAUUCAAUACCCAAAUGUUAAAUAACCAAACGAAAAUAACAGGUACAAUUGAUAAAAAAACCCAAAAAGAAAAUAUAAAUCGAUUCCAAUUAGGGUAUAGUUAGCUUGCAUCCCCAACAUCUUCGUUCUCGCUGAUUUUCAAGUUUAGAUUUCCGCCAUGGAUAUUGAUGUCGGACCCGUUGAUCCAUCUGUUCUCUACGAGCAAGAUCUCCAUGUUUCUUCUGCUAUUUGGGAAGGACAGUGUUGGAGUUACUUCCACUUGGAUAUCGGUAGACCGGAGAAAUCCGAAGCUUGUUUCCCGCUCGCUCUUUCGUGGAAAGGUAAAGGAAGCAGAUCGAAAACCGACUUAUCUGAGUACCGGAGAGAGCUUGAUGAUCUUGAUCCAAGCAAGGUAACUUGGUGCCCGUUUGAAAGAUUCGAGAGUAUGAUCCCUCAACAGAUUAAAGCCAAGCUGAUUCUAGGAAGAUCGAAAACGACUCUUGUAUGCUUCGAGAAGAUAGAGUUACAUUUUCCGGAUAGGUGUUUGAGGCAGUUUGGUAGACGGCAGCCGAUACCUCAGAAAGUGAAACGCCGUGAUAGGAAAAACCGGCGGCUCGAUGACUUGGACACGUCGAUGAGUGUAGCCUGCGAGGAAUGGGCUGAACGUGGAGACCACAUCGUGGACAGUCCUGGGAGUGGCAAUGUUGUGGAUGAUGGAGCUUACAUGGAAUGGUAUGCUCGGAUCAGUAUCACAAAGCUAUACCGAGAAGCGUUCCUCGAGUCCCAAGUCAUGAAUAUGAUUGCUUGUAUGAGGGAGUUUGAGGAAGCUGCUUCAGGGAUAUCGUUGGAGAGAUUGUCUCCGGUAGAGAGGGAAGUUAUGGAGAGUGUGAAGGAUACGUUUUCUAAUAGUUUGACGUUUGGAGGAUGGCAAGAGGUGGCGGUUAACAGUGGUUAUGGUAAGCGCCGGCGUAGGAAUGACCAAACUCCGAUUCCGACGAAUAAUGGUGGUGGUGGUAAUGAUCUUUCAUCUCUAUUGCUUCAAAAGGACACAUGAACGGGGUUUUUCGUUUCUGUAUGAGUAAACUUUUUCAUCUCUAAAAUGUUGCAGUGUUUAUGUAUAUUGGUUAGGUCAUAGAUGACAGAAAAUUCAAUUUCAUAUAUAAUAACAGUUUAGUUCUACUACACGUUCAGACCAUUGUGGUGCUUUGUUGUCUUCUUCCCCAAACCAAGCUUCUAAUGUUGAGAUCAAAAUAGAAAACGAUCCAAUUCCAGCAAUCUGUUCAAACUCAGCUCCAGUCAUCUUUUUCAGACCAAUAUUUGUCUCUGCUUCUGUCUGCUGCUUCAUCUGCAUUGAUCCGGAUACCACAUUCAAUGAUCUCGUAGAAUUUGCAGCUGUCUUUGUCUGCAUCGAGCCAUCUGUCUUUGUCAAGCAACUCAGAUUGAAAUAUAAACAGAUGCUCUGUUCGAAACGUGGGGAUAUAGUAAACAUGGAAGUUUUCUACAGGCCAACCACUUUUGCCUAUGCGAUGACACAACAGUUCGGGAAAGGUUCCUUCUCCAGUCUGUUGGUUCUGCGAAAUCACGAGGCAAACCUUGAACCCAGAUGAUGCAGAAAGAGGACUCUUAUUGUGAGGAUCCGACUGUCUAUCACUAGAUCGAC